AUAUUUGUUUCACCGCGCCCGCUAUUUAUUGGGAGCUGCUGCGGCAGCGCCCCUCUGCCUCCAUUCUCGUUUAUCAUCCUCCAUCGGAGCUCCCUGGCUCCUUGCUGGAACGGGAGGAGGAAUAGAAGAAGAAGAGAACUUAGAGGAAAACCCUAACCCUUUCUCGUUUCUUGACUUCGGAUUCCAGGGCCUGUGGAAAAAAGCGCUGCUUUCCUUUUUUUGAAAUAUGGCGGUAGCUCUCCAGCUUGGAGCUCGAGCUCAUUGUUCUGGAGUCACGAGGGAUUCGUGGAGCUCGCUGGCUUUCUCAUCGAGCUUUCGGAGUAGGCUUGGGUUGGAGUCGUCUGUGAGGCUGGUUUGUGGAAAGAGGGAGAGGAGCGGCGGGAGGAGGGGAGGCUUGAAGGUGCGUUGCCAGAGAGCAGUGUCUGCUGUUGUGGAGAAGGACGAGGUGGUGAGGGAGGGUGCUGAUGGAAAUGCUGCGCAGCUGAGCAUCGUGAUGAAGUUUGGAGGGUCGUCGGUGGCGUCGGCUGACAGGAUGAAGGAGGUUGCGGACCUCAUUCUUAGCUUUCCUGAAGAAAGGCCUGUGAUUGUUCUAUCUGCAAUGGGGAAGACAACGAACAACCUUCUGCUGGCUGGGGAAAAAGCGGUCUGCUGUGGAGUGAGUAAUGUGUCUGAUCUUGAAGAGUUGAGGUUUACAAAAGAGUUGCAUCUGCAGACAGUUAAUGAGCUUGGAAUUGAAAGGUCUAUCAUUUCAG